AGUAUAUGUGUUCCUAUGUAGUUUAUAUCUGCAUGCAUGCACAGCCCGACCACUUGGAAUGGUUCACCAUUCUAAGCAAAAUAAUCCCACGUUAUUAGUCUCUCCCAAGGAUGAGAAAAUGGUAUUAACAAAGAGAUAUAGUGUGAAUAAUAAUAAUAAUAAUAAUAAUAAUAAUAACAAAGAAAAGGCUUCCACUUAUGAGACUCUCAAGAAGGUGGAUGAUCAAGAACACAUUCGAGGGAACAAAAGAAGGACGUUCGGCAUUACAAAUAUCUCCGUCGCCACCGGCGGCAGCGGCGGCCAGAGUGGUGUUUCACGACACCGCCGCCGGAGCUAUGGGUAAGGAGGAGGAGGUUUUUUCUAUGGACUAUACACAACCCCGCCGCAGUCCGCCCAUCCACAACACCCGACGGCCAUAAUUAAUUACAGUACUAAUUAACUUUAACCUCAAUA